GUCACAGAUUCUCUGUCCCAACCUUCGUACCAGAAAUCGUUAACUAUACUCACUUCCAAUACCCCUCUCCCUCUCUUUCACACUUUUUAUUCUCCCUCUUCCUCUUCCUUUCUUUCUCAAAUUCUUCUCUUCUUUGGAUACUAAGAUCGCAGCAGCUGCAGCAUUGUUUUACUACCAUCAAACCACCUUAGGUGAUUAUAUGCUGAGUGGUGUAAAUCUGAUGUCAAAUGAAGUGGUGAGAAUGGAGAAGCCACCAAUCCAUUCUGCAACAUCAGAUUGCAAACCACUGACCACCUUUGUUCAGACAAACUCAGAUGCAUUCAGGGAAGUGGUACAACGUUUAACAGGUCCCUCAGAACCAAAAGAAGGAGAGGCAACAAAGGUUGCCACUGUGAAAAGGACAACCUCAAAACUGCAUGAGAGAAGGAAGUACAUGAAGCCAAAACUUGAGAUUCUUAAACCAACUUUUCAUUACAAGACAGGUGCAUGUAUGUCACCCUCAAAGUCAAGAAGUUCUAGCUUUCCUCCAAGCCCUGGAUCAGCUUGUUCUAGUCUUCUUCAAAGCCCCACCACCCCUUCAACACUCUUCUCCCAGUUGAGUAUUAUGGUAGAUGAAAAGAAGGAAGAGUCAGUGAUGGCAGAACUGAACACUGAAGAAGAAGAAAAGGCCAUCAAAGAGAGGAGAUUUUAUUUGCAUCCAUCACCACGGUCUAAACCAGGUUACACUGAGCCAGAGUUGCUUAUUUUGUUUCCCUUGGCAUCUCCUAAGGCAAGUGAGAAAGUUUAAUUUUGACCAUUGUGACAUGCUACUAUGUUAUUUUCAGCAUGCUUAUCAUAUAACAUUUAUGAGGGGGCAAGUAAUUGAAAUGAAAUAAGCAUCAAGGUGUGUUUUCUUCCA